GAAAUCAUUAGUUAAUCUCAUUAGUACCUCGAACUUUCAAGACUACAAACAUGUUGCGGUGCAGCAUAAAACUUUUGUUAACAAUUUUCGUAAUUUCAACGGUGCAGGCAGCCCCUUCUCAUGAAUCCAGUGAUUGCUUAGAGAAUAAAAUAGACCUAAUAUUAGAAAAAUUGGCGGUAUACAAUGGCAGUGUGGGACAUCUAGCCUCACUACCAAAAAUCGAAACACCAAGAUCAUGUUUAGAGGAAAAGAACCAAAAAGACAAGAACGAUGAGAAAUCAAAGCGUUCAGUGGACAGCCGUCACAUGCGUCAUUAUCGACGCCGCGAUACCAGCAGCACCGAAAGCAAUAGCAACAGCAACAGCAACCCCAAAUGUUCCGAGCGUUUAGCACAGAUUUGUCAAAGUAGCGGUAUAAGUGAAAUCCAGGUGGACGGUGGUAUAUCACCCUUCAAAGUGCUCUGCGAUGGCGAUCGUUGGAUGGUCAUCAUGCAGCGUUUGGAUGGCUCCGUUGCCUUUCACAAUCGCACCUGGGACUCGUACAAAACGGGUUUCGGUACUAUUAGUCAAACGAGCGAAUUCUUCUUGGGCCUGCAACAUUUGCAUGAACUCACUGUUAAUGACUACUUUGAGCUACGCAUUGAUUUGGAGGAUUUCAACGGUGUAGAAAAAUAUGCACAGUACAGCGAUUUCAACGUCCUUGGUGAAACUACCGCGUAUAAAUUAGGCGUCUUGGGAGCUUACGAGGGCACAGCUGGUGAUUCGUUCAAGUACCAUGAAGGUCAGCAAUUUAGUACGGUGGAUCGCGAUAAUGAUGCCAGAUCGCAGGGUAGCUGCAGCGAGGAAUACAAUAGUCCAGGGUGGUUUAAAAAUUGCAUGGAUGCUAAUAUUCUUGGCAACUAUUUACAAGGCGAUACAGCUAAGUUCAAGGAGGGCAUGUUUUGGGAAACUUUCCGUGGUCCAAUGUAUUCCCUUAAGCGGGUCAAAAUGUCUAUACGUGCACGGUGUUAAUAUUUGUAAAAAUAUUUGUGUAUCGAAAAAUGUCAUGAAUAAAAUAUUUGUUUUACUUGUUAAUUUAUGUUCUGAAGAAAAGUUAAACAAAAAAAAAAAAAAAUAUAUCUCUUAUUUUUAAAUUA